CAUAUCACUGCAUCAUACACCAGGAAGCACUAUGUGGCAAAGUCCUGAAGAUGGAUAAUGUAAUGAGCACUGUAACACAAACCGUAAACUUUAUCCAAGCUAAAAGUUUAAAUCACUGGCAAUUUCAGUCCUUUAUGCGGGAGAUAGAUUCAGAGUUUGCUGACAUUCCUUAUCACACAGAGGUGCAUUGGCUAAGUCAGGGAAAAGUUCUCAACAGAGUUUUUGAGCUCAGCAACGAAAUCUGUCAGUUCACGGACAGUAAAGGAAAAGACUCCACUAAUUUUAGGGAUGAAAAGUGGAAAUGCGAGUUGGCAUUUCUGGUUGACAUAACAGCUCAUCUCAACGCCUUAAACCUCCAGCUCCAGGGAUGUGACCGCAUGAUCACUGACAUGUAUGACGCAGUGAAGGCAUUUCAAAUGAAGCUGCUUUUAUGGGAGACACAAAUGCACCAGUGCAACUUGCCCCACUUUCCCUGUUGCCAUGUAAUGUUGAACCAAGUCGGCACAACGGUGUUCCCAAAUACUCACUUUGCUGAUAAACUGAGCGCACUGCGCACUGAGUUCGCACGGCGUUUUGGUGACUUUGAAGAACAAAAAAAGAAUUUUGAGUUGCUUCGCAACCCAUUUGCCAUCAAUGUGGAAACCGCACCUGUGCAGAUUCAGAUGGAGCUGAUUGAGCUACAGUGUAAUGGUACACUGAAGGCAAAGUACAACACUGCAUGGCCCACACAGUUUAUUCACUCUAUUCCCGCAGAAAUGCCCCAGCUCCAUCUACAUGCGGCUCGAACCUUGUGCAUGUUUGGUAGCACAUAUCUGU